AUGAUCUUCUUUGGGACCCUAGUUCGCAUGCGACUGCAGCGUUGCCGCUCCGAGCUCAUGCAGGUCGAAGUCGCGUCGACGCCAGACAUCCGGCAACGCCUCUGGGCGACAGCCUUCUACGAGUCCUUGCACGCCGCCAAGCACGACUUCCACUGCAUGCAGAUUCAAUUGCAAGAUCCUUGCCGAGGGCCUACGAAGACAGUCUUGGACAAGGCGUCAGUGCUCGACCCAGCAAAUGCGGAGGCGAGGGAUGUGCAGAGCACGUGCCUGUGCUGCCUUGAAGACUUUGAGGAUUCUGCCGUCGUCGCUCUUUUGCCAUGUGGGCACAUCUUCCACGAGGCCUGCAUCAUGGCUUGGACAGUGGCGAAACGUCGAGCCUCCAGAGCUUGCCCAGUUUGCCGUGCGAACUUCAUGGUGUUAUGA